AUGAAUCUUGUUGUGAAGCUUCGGAGAAGUUUUCGAACAUUGAUUGUUCUCUUAGCCACCUUUUGCUUGGUGAGCAUUGUCAUUUCUGCCUAUUUCCUCUACUCUGGCUAUAAACAGGAAAUGACACUUAUGGAAACCACUGCAGCAGCAGAAUGUACUGACGUUAAAAUCCUACCAUAUCGAUCAAUGGAGCUGAAGACAGUCAAACCUAUUGAUACAUCCAAAACUGAUCCUACUGUCCUUCUGUUUGUGGAGAGCCAGUACUCUCAACUUGGUCAAGAUAUUAUCGCUAUCUUGGAGUCCAGCCGAUUUCAGUUCCAUAUGGUCAUCGCCCCUGGCAAGGGAGACAUACCUCCUCUAACAGAUAAUGGCAAAGGGAAAUAUAUUUUAGUUAUUUAUGAAAAUAUUCUGAAGUAUGUCAGCAUGGACUCAUGGAAUCGAGAGCUUUUAGAAAAAUACUGUGUGGAAUACAGUGUUAGUAUAAUUGGUUUUCAUAAAGCCAAUGAAAACAGCUCACCAAGUACACAAUUAAAAGGUUUUCCAUUAAACCUUUUCAAUAAUCUAGCUCUAAAGGACUGUUUUGUCAACCCUCAGUCUCCUUUGCUGCAUAUUACCAAAGCCCCCAAGGUUGAGAAAGGCCCUCUUCCUGGGGAAGACUGGACAAUUUUCCAGUAUAAUCAUUCAACCUACCAACCUGUGCUUUUAACUGAAUUACAGACAGAAAAAUCCCUUUCAUCCUUCUCCAGCAAACCACUCUAUGCGACGGUGAUUCAGGAUCUGGGGCUUCAUGAUGGAAUUCAGCGAGUUCUUUUCGGCAACAACUUAAACUUUUGGCUACACAAGCUCAUCUUCAUAGAUGCCAUCUCCUUCUUGUCAGGGAAGAGGCUGACAUUGUCUUUGGACAGGUAUAUCCUUGUGGACAUUGAUGACAUCUUUGUUGGGAAGGAAGGGACAAGGAUGAAUGUCAAAGAUGUGAAGGCAUUACUAGAGACUCAAAAUUUACUGCGCACUCAGGUUGCAAAUUUUACCUUCAACCUUGGAUUUUCAGGGAAGUUUUACCACACAGGGACUGAAGAGGAGGAUGAAGGGGACGACCUUCUACUUCGUUCUGCGGAUGAGUUCUGGUGGUUUCCUCACAUGUGGAACCACAUGCAGCCCCACCUCUUCCACAAUGAGUCAUCUUUGGUGGAGCAGAUGAGUCUCAACAAGGAAUUUGCACUGGAGCGUGGAAUACCUAUCAACAUGGGCUAUGCUGUGGCGCCGCAUCACUCAGGGGUCUACCCAGUUCACGUUCAGCUGUAUGCAGCCUGGAAGAAGGUCUGGGGUAUUCAGGUCACCAGCACUGAAGAGUAUCCGCAUUUGAAACCUGCACGGUACCGAAAGGGCUUCAUUCACGAUAGCAUCAUGGUCCUCCCUCGACAGACCUGUGGGUUGUUCACACACACUAUUUUCUACAAAGAGUAUCCAGGAGGCCCCCAAGAAUUGGAUAAAAGUAUCAGAGGAGGUGAACUUUUCCUCACAAUCCUUCUGAACCCAAUCAGCAUUUUCAUGACUCAUUUGUCAAACUACGGGAAUGACCGCCUAGGGCUGUACACCUUUGUGAACUUGGCCAACUUCGCGCAGAGCUGGACCAACCUGAAAUUGCAAACUCUGCCUCCAGUGCAACUAGCCCACAAGUACUUUGAGCUCUUCCCUGAGCAGAAAGACCCUCUCUGGCAGAAUCCAUGUGAUGAUAAAAGACACAAAGACAUCUGGUCCAGAGAGAAAACUUGUGACCACUUACCAAAAUUCCUUGUAAUUGGGCCACAAAAAACAGGAACAACAGCACUUUAUUUAUUUCUUCUUAUGCACCCUUCCAUCAUCAGCAAUCUCCCCAGCCCCAAAACAUUUGAAGAAGUCCAAUUCUUUAAUGGCAACAACUACCACAAGGGAAUUGACUGGUAUAUGGAAUUUUUCCCUACUCCAUCCAACAUUACAAGUGACUUUCUAUUUGAAAAGAGUGCUAAUUACUUCCAUUCAGAAGAAGCUCCCAAACGAGCUGCAUCUCUGGUCCCCAAAGCCAAGAUCAUCACCAUCCUCAUUGACCCCUCAGACAGGGCAUACUCUUGGUAUCAGCACCAAAGAUCACAUGAAGAUCCAGCUGCCCUGAGGUUUAAUUUCUAUGAAGUUAUCACAACAGCACAUUGGGCCCCAUCUGACCUGAAAACUUUGCAGAGAAGAUGCCUAUUACCUGGAUGGUAUGCGGUCCACAUAGAAAGAUGGCUAACUUACUUUGCUACUUCUCAGUUGCUAAUUAUUGAUGGACAGCAGCUGAGAUCUGACCCAGUUACUGUGAUGGACGAAGUCCAGAAGUUUCUGGGAGUUACACCUCAUUAUAAUUACUCUGAAGCACUAACUUUUGAUCCCCAGAAGGGCUUUUGGUGUCAACUACUGGAAGGAGGAAAGACCAAAUGCCUUGGAAAAAGCAAAGGUCGAAAGUAUCCACCCAUGGAUCCAGAGUCUAGAACCUUCCUCUCUAAUUACUACCGAGAUCAUAAUGUGGAGCUGUCCAAACUGCUACACAGACUGGGGCAGCCUCUCCCAUCAUGGCUGAGACAGGAGCUACAAAAAGUGAGAUAG